AUGACUCCAAAUAAUUCAAGUACUGGUAGAAAUAUUCUUACCUAUUUCAGACAAUUUAAACAAUCGGGUCAUCAAUUAAAUUUCUACAAUUACCAAUUGAAAACCUCACUUUUAAGGCCAUUUUCUGUGGAUUACUUUUUCGAUAAUUCAAAUUCAAUGCGUAAAUUUACAUUAAAUGUUUUGGAGAGGAAUUUACUGAGUGAAAAUCCACAACUCACUAUUGUAACUCAAUUGAUUGGAAGAAAUAGAGAACAGCAAACGUAUCAGGAAAUGUUGGCAAGUAUUCAAAUGAAUUUGUUGAAUCCUUUCAUUUCAGAAAUUCACAUGUUGCAAGAAAGUGAAAUUUACAAUUCUGAUUUGAAACAAAUGAUCCAUUCAGAAAAGAUUAAAAUUGUAAAUUUGGGACGUAAAUUGAUGGUUUCUGAUUUUAUGGAAUAUUCUAAUAAGAAUUUGAAAGAUAGAAUUGUAAUUCUAAUUACUCCAAAUAUUUAUUUUGAUCACACCAUUGUCCAUGCCACUAAGAUUGGAUUUAACACUCCUCUAAUGCUUUCUAGGAGGCAACUUUUCAGUGUCGAGAAGGCACAAUGUGAGGAUAAAGAUAAUUGUCUUGCAGCCAUGAAGGACACUCACGAUGCACUAGUAUUCAGAACAACCAUUCCAUUCUCUAGAAAUAUCAUUUCCAAAUUGAAAACCAUUCCAUUGGGAAAUUAUGGAAGUGAGAAUGUAAUUAUGCGACUUUUUAAGAGGGAAUACAAUUUUGAGAUUAAGAACCCAUCAGAAUCAAUAUUUCUCUAUCAAUUUGUGAAACCCUAUGUGAAUACAACCAUCAAUUUAAGAAGAGUUUGA